UUCAUUCAUUCGCAUAACCCAAAAUGGAACCCCACCACAGCGCUUCACCUUCACCGCAUCAACAACCAGAUCAACCAUUUCCACCACCGCCAACCGCCCACCCUCACCAACACGCCGCCACGGGAGCCUGCGUGAACUGCGGCGGCCCCACCUCCUAUCCCUGUCCACCUCCCUCCGCCAACCCUACCUACAUCCCCAUCCGUGCUCCGGCUGUGAACCUCCCCCCUGCCAACACUAAGGAAACCAUCAUCCGUACGCCUGUCCCGCAGUCCCAAAAGGUGUCCCCUCUUUCCCCUCCCUACCAAUUUCAGUAUCCGACAAAGAAAAUCCAGUCUCAAAUCGACGUCGAUCGCUUCCACUCCUCUGAUGCUUGCCAGAACUUCCUCGGCUUCGUUGUCGCCCUCUCCGAGUCUAUUCGCUCCCACAAGCUCUCCGAUCCAUGCCAUGUCUCCUCCGCUGUCUCCGCUCUGGUUUCAGUCCUCCAAACCUUGAUUUCCUACGUCGAUGAGAUCCCUCCGGCGCCUCAAUCCUCCCGAUACGGGAACGUAGCUUAUCGGACCUGGCACGAGCGAAUGUGCUCCGGCGCUGAAUCUUUCAUGAUUCAAUUCCUUCCAAAGGAGCUCCAUUCGGCUACAGUGGAGCUUGUUCCCUACUUCACUGAUAGUUUUGGCAACGCUAGCCGAAUCGACUAUGGAACAGGCCAUGAAACAAAUUUCGCCGCCUGGUUGUAUUGUUUAGCAAGAUUAGGAGUUGUGAAAGAAGAUGAUUAUCAAGCUCUUGUUGCUAGGGUUUUUCUAAAAUACUUGGAGCUGAUGAGGAAAUUGCAAUUGACCUAUAAUCUUGAACCUGCAGGUUCCCAUGGGGUGUGGGGACUAGAUGACUAUCACUUUUUGCCAUUUAUUUUUGGGUCCUCACAGUUAAUUGAUCACAAGUACAUGAAGCCAAAAUCAAUUCAUAAUCAAGAUAUCUUGGAGAACUUUUCAAACGAGUACUUGUAUCUCUCAUGCAUCUCUUUCAUAAAGAAGGUGAAGAAGGGAUUGUUUGCAGAACAUUCUCCAAUGUUGGACGAUAUAAGUGGGGUGCCAAAUUGGAAUAAGGUUAAUAGUGGUUUGCUUAAGAUGUAUAAAAUUGAAGUUUUGCAGAAGGUUCCUAUCAUGCAGCAUUUCCUUUUUGGUUCCAUAAUCAGAUGGGAAUGAAAAGGAGGAAUAUGAUAUGCCAUCUGGAAUUGGAUUAAACUAAAGUAUCAUCCAUCAAUGGACAUCAGUAGGAAGAAAUAGGUUUUGCAGCCUUUUCACAGUUUAUUCCUAUCAACACCUCUGUUUUACUUUGCAUUAUCAAUGAUGAGAUGAUGUGCAGAUGUGUAUUGUGCAACAGGUCUUUUAUUAAUUUAUGGUUUGUACUCUGAGUUCAAAGUUGCUUGUCAUUUGUUCAGUGUCCUGCUCCUGCCUGCAAUCUAUUUUCAUUUGUCCAGUGUCGUGUACCACCAGCUUAUAUGUUGAACUAAUCAGGUCCAUUAAA